AUGGCUUGGGGGGCGUGGGGCCGGGCCCCUGGGGGCCCCGUGGGGGCUCUAACCCUGACAGCUCUGGCUGAAGGGAUCCGGACCGACCAGGGGCAGACCCCAGGCCGCUCUCCCCUCGGCCCUCAGCCGGAACACGGGCUCGAACCCGAGGUGGAAGCUGAGGGUGCAGCUGCCAUCCCCAUGGUUGGCAGUGAGGCCUGUUCCCUGCCCGGCAGGCGUCAGGUGAGUGCGGAGGGAGGGUCAGGGGACCACCCGGAGGAAGACCCCCCGAGUCCCUGGGGGCAGGGGGCCCUCGCCGACCUGGCGGUGUACACGGCUGCCUGCCUGGAAGAGGCUGGCUUUGCGGGAACCCAGGCAACUGCACUCACGCUGUCCUCAGCUCUGGAGGCCCGGGGGCAGCGUCUGGAGGACCAGGUGCACGCCUUGGUGCGGGGACUGCUGACACAGGUGCCCAGCCUGGCCGAAGGGAGGCCCCGGCGGGCGGCCCUCCGGGUGCUGAGCGCGCUGGCCCUGGAGCACGCUCAGGAGGUGGUGUGUGCGCUGCUGCCGAGCUCGCUGCCCCCGGACCGGUGCUCGUACCCCCAGGCAGCAGCUGAGCUAUGGCGCAGCCUGAGCCGGAAUCAGCGCGUGAACGGGCAGGUGCUGGUCCAGCUGCUAUGGGCACUGAAGGAUGAAGCGGGGCCUGAGCUGGAGGCCUUGGCGGCCACGCGGGCCCUCGGAGAGAUGCUGGCCGUGUCUGGCUGUGUGGGUGCCACGCGGGGCUUCUACCCACACCUUCUGCUCGUGCUGGUCACACAGCUCCACCAGCUGGCACGGCGUGGGCACUCUCCUGACACCCCGAAGGGGUGGGCCCCAUUGCACCGAGGGCCACCGCACAGCCACGCCAGCUGCGCCGUGGAGGCCUUGAAGGCCUUGCUCACCGGGGAUGGAGGCCGUAUGGUGGUCACGUGCAUGGAGCAGGCUGGAGGCUGGAGGAGGCUGGUGGGAGUCCACACCCACCUAGAAGGCGUCUUGCUGCUGGCCAGUGCCAUGGUAGCGCACGCGGACCACCAUCUGCGGGGCCUGUUCGGGAGCUUGUUGCCGCGGCUGCGCAGCCCCGACGACACGCAACGCCUCACGGCGAUGGCCUUCUUCACCGGGCUGUUGCAGAGUCGGCCCACAGCAAGGCUCUUGCGGGAGGAGGUCAUCCUGGAGCGGCUCCGGGCCUGGCAGAGCGACCCUGAGCCCACGGUGCGCUGGCUGGGCCUGCUGGGCCUCGGCCACCUGGCGCUGAACCGCGGGAAGGUGCGGCACGUGAGCAAGCUGCUGCCCGCGCUGCUGGGUGCGCUAGGCGAGGGCGACGCGAGGCUCGUGGACGCCGCGCUGGGCGCGCUGCGGAGGCUCCUGCUGCGGCCUCGGGCGCCCGUGCGGCUCCUGAGCGCCGAGCUGGGGCCGCGCCUCCCUCGGCUGCUGGACGACGCCAGGGACUCGGUCCGCGCCUCGGCGGUGGGGCUUCUCGGGACGCUGGUGCGGCGGGGCCGGGGCGGGCUCCGGGUGGGCCUCCGCGGCCCCCUGAGGAAGCUGGUGCUCCAGAGCCUCGUCCCCUUGCUGUUGCGCCUGCAGGAUCCGAGCCGUGACGCUGCUGAGAGUUCAGAGUGGACCCUGGCCCGCUGUGACCAGGCCUUGCGUUGGGGCCUGCUGGAGGACAUGGUCACUGUGGCCCACUACGACAGCCCUGAGGCCCUAAGCCGCAUCUGCCACUGCCUGGUUCAGCAGUACCCAAGUCACAUCCCCAGCUUCCUGAGCCAGACCCAGGGCUACCUGCGGAGCCCACAGGACCCCUUGCGCUGGGCAGCUGCUGUGCUCCUAGGUUUCCUCGUCCAUCACACCAGCCCCGGCCGUGUCAGCCAGGACCUGCUGGACUCCCUGUUCCAGGAGCUGGGGCAGCUGCAGAGUGACCCAGAGCCCGCCGUGGUCGCCGCGGCUCACGUGUCCGCCCAACAGGUGGCGCUGCUGGCCCGCGCACAGGCCCGGCCCCGCCGCCUGCGUCAACUCCGCCCAGGCCUCUGGCACCACACCCGGCCCCUGCCAGUCUAUGCCAACAGCCCAUUCCAGCCCCGGAGCUUUAUAGGCCGCUGGGGCUGCCUGGGACCUGGCUGAGCCUGACCCCAAGCCAGCCCGGAGGGUACCUGGGGUCCGAGUCCAACAGCACACUGCUGUGUGGCCAGUCCUGGCAGGGACGGGUCUGCGGAAGAGGUCCGCUUGAGGGCCGCCCUGCACCUGGUACUGGGUGCACACAAACCCUCCCUCUCUAGGAACGCACGCCACGGCAGCCACGUGACCUAGGACAGCCACGCCUUCUGUGCGAGCACCAUCUUGCCCUCGGCCCCCCCCCCCCCCGCUUGCCUCUUGCACCCAUGGGUCCGUCUGUCCCCACUUGGGCCUGUUGCUCUCCCAGCUCCCUAGAGUGUGCCCCGUUCCCAGCCUGGAUGGCACCUGGCCUCCCGAGCUGGGGUCCGGUGGGGGACACUGUGAAACUGGUCCGACCCUGCGAGCUGGUGCCGCGGUAGGCUGCCCGCUUCCUGGGUCUUUG